AUGCAAGGCACAGCAAAGACUGACCGGCAGCGACAAUAUCUGCUGAACUUUCAAACCGAUGACUGUGGCUCCCGAACACAACUGCUACGAAUGCCAAUAGAUGACCUCCCUCAUAGUGAGGCCGUUCCAUCACCGUUGGAUGGGAUCGGACCACGAGGCCUGUGGACAAAGCCUCAAUCAGUGAAGCGACGUUUCUCAAGUGAUGUAUUCAUCCGGAGUAAGAUAAACGCUGUCAUCCUCAAUGUCAAAAAUCAGCCUAGAGGAGACUGGUCUACUCAGUUCCCUCCUGGCAUGCAAACCAGUCUUGAGAACGAAGGUGGCUAUCGCUGA